AUGUUCUCCAGGAAGAAGCGAGAGCUCAUGAAAACCCCUUCUAUCUCGAAAAAGAACCGGGCGGGAAGCCCCUGUCCGCAGCCCUUGGGGGAGCUGCCCAGGAGAGAUGGGGCUGAUGCAGUGUCCCUGGCGCCCAGCCUGGAACCACUAAGUAUGGCCUUGAAUGCCAAGGCCACGGGCACACUCAAGAGGCCCACCAGCCUAAGCCGCCACGCCAGCGCUGCCGGCUUCCCACUGUCUGGAGGCAGCACCUGGACGCUGGGCCGUGGCCACCGCAGCCCACUGUCAACAGCCAGCCCAGGCGAGGGACCCAUCCAGGGACCCUGCCCCGACACUGUGGAGGACAUCUCCCACCUGCUGGCUGACGUGGCCCGCUUUGCCGAGGGCCUUGAGAAGCUGAAGGAGUGUGUUCUGCAUGAAGACCUUCUAGAGGCCCGCCGGCCGCUUGCCCAUGAGUGCCUCGGUGAGGCCCUCCGCGUGAUGCACCAGGUCAUCUCCAAGUACCCGCUGCUGAACACCGUGGAGUCGCUCACAGCUGCCGGCACCCUCAUUGCCAAGGUCAAAGCCUUCCAUUAUGAGUGCAACAAUGAUUCAGACAAGCAGGAGUUUGAGAAGGCCUUGGAGACCAUCGCAGUCUCCUUCAGCAGCACUGUGUCCGAGUUCCUCAUGGGUGAAGUGGACAGCAACUGGCAGGGCGGGUGAGGGCAAGAGGUCUGAGGACGGAAGGAAGGGUGGGCUGGGGAGGAGCCCGGGCUGAGGGGUGUCUGUCCCGCAGGCUGCCUCUCCCCGGAGGCGGUGGACAUGCUGCUGCAGCGCUGUGAGGGUGGUGUGGACGCCGCGCUGCAGUACGCCAAGAACAUGGCCAAGUACAUGAAGGACCUCAUCGGCUACCUGGAGAAGCGGAGCGCGCUGGAGAUGGACUUUGCCAAAGGCCUGCAGAAGAUCGUCCAGAACUGCAGACAGAGCGUCAUGCAGGAGCCGCACAUGCCCCUGCUGUCCAUCUACUCGCUGGCCCUGGAGCAGGACCUGGAGUUCGGCCACGGCCUGGUACAGGCGAUGGGUACUCUGCAGACCCAGACCUUUGUGCAGCCCCUGAACCUGCGGCGGCUUGAGCACGAGAAGCGCAGGAAGGAGAUCAAGGAGUCUUGGCACCGCGCCCAGAGGAAGCUGCAAGAGGCAGAGUCCAAUCUGCGCAAGGCCAAGCAGGGCUACGUUCAGCGCUGCGAAGACCACGACAAGGCCCGCUUCCUAGUGGCCAAGGCGGAGGAAGAGCAGGUGGGCGCUGGCCCGGGUGCAGGGGGUGCGGCCUCCAAGACCCUGGACAAGAGGCGGCGCCUGGAGGAGGAGGCCAAAAACAAGGCGGAGGAAGCCAUGGCCACGUACCGCACGUGCGUGGCCGAUGCUAAGACGCAGAAGCAGGAGCUUGAGGACACCAAGGUGACGGCGCUCCGGCAGAUCCAGGAGGUCAUCCGGCAGAGCGAUCAGACCAUCAAGUCGGCCACCAUCUCCUAUUACCAGAUGAUGCACAUGCAGACGGCCCCGCUGCCUGUGCACUUCCACAUGCUGUGCGAGAGCAGCAAGCUGUACGACCCGGGCCAGCAGUACGCCUCCCACGUGCGCCAGCUGCAGCGCGGCGAGGAGCCGGACGUGCACUACGACUUCGAGCCCCACGUCUCCGCCAACACCUGGUCCCCGGUCUUGCGAGCCCGAAAGGGCAGCUUCAACGUCAGCGAUGCCGCGGUGGUGGAGGCCGCGGGCUGCCCCCCAGAGGAAGGUGGGCCCGGCGACGGGGAGCUUGCCAAGGAGCACAGGGGUGGGCGCGGACACCAGGUGCACAAGUCGUGGCCGAUCGCCAUCUCAGACUCUGACGCCAGUCUGGACCCCAGCCCUGGCUCAGGGGACUUCAAGAAGUUCGAGCGCAUAUCUUCCAGUGGCACCAUGUCGUCCAGCGAGGAGCUGGCCGACCAGGAGGGCAGCACAGGAGCAUCGGCCUUUGACCAGGGUGACCUCAACGGCAUCGCCCCGGAGCUGCCCGUGGCCAUGCCCAGCGGGCCCUUCCGCCACGUGGGGCUGUCCAAGGCGGCACGUACCCACCGGCUCCGGAAGCUCCGCACGCCGGCCAAGUGCCGGGAGUGCAACAGCUACGUGUACUUCCAGGGUGCCGAGUGUGAGGAGUGCUGCCUGGCCUGCCACAAGAAGUGCCUGGAGACCCUGGCCAUCCAGUGUGGCCACAAGAAGCUGCAGGGCCGCCUGCAGCUCUUUGGCCAGGACUUCAGCCAGGCUGCCCGCAGCACCCCGGACGGCGUGCCCUUCAUCGUCAAGAAGUGUGUCUUCGAGAUCGAGCAGCGGGCGCUGCGCACCAAGGGCAUCUACCGGGUCAAUGGGGUGAAAACGCGUGUGGAGAAGCUGUGCCAGGCCUUCGAGAACGGCAAGGAGCUGGUGGAGCUGUCGCAGGCCUCGCCCCACGACAUCAGCAACGUCCUCAAGCUCUACCUGCGCCAGCUGCCCGAGCCGCUCAUCUCCUUCCGCCUCUACCAUGAGCUUGUGGGGCUGGCCAAGGACAGUCUGAAGGCAGAGGCCGAGGCCAAGGCGGCAACCCGAGGCCGGCUGGACGUCACCGAGAGGGAGGCUGCGGCCGUGGCCAUGGCGGGCCGGCUGCGGGAGCUCCUGCGGGACCUGCCGCCGGAGAACCGGGCCACGCUGCAGUACCUGAUGCGGCACCUGCGCAGGAUCGUGGAGGUGGAGCAGGACAACAAGAUGACACCGGGGAACCUGGGCAUCGUGUUCGGGCCCACGCUGCUGCGGCCCCGGCCCACCGAGGCCACCGUGUCCCUCUCCUCCCUGGUGGACUACCCCCACCAGGCCUGCAUCUUGGAGACCCUCAUCACCCACUACAGCCUGGUCUUCGAGGAGGAGCCCGAGGUGGCGUCCGGGUGCCAGGAUGAGACGUCCAACCAGGGGGCCGAGGUGGUGGUCCGGGAGCCGUACCCGGAGGCCAGCGGGGGCGCGGCCUUCCCCCUGCCGGAGGAGGCCGAGGAUGAGGAUGGGGGCCUCGAACCCCACGUUGCCUCCAAUGACUCCGACUCAGAACUGGAAGAGGCCUCGGACCUGCCGUCCCCGGCGGGUGCGGUGGCCCUGCACUGCCUCGGCUUCCUGGAGAAGCUGGGCCGUGAGGCGGGCGCGGAGAGCGGCCGGGACAGCCACAGCGGCAGCGAGGAGCAGCUGGGCACUGCCACCGGGGAAGGGGAGGAAGGGCCUGGGCCUGGGGUCUGGGAGGACCUCGGGGAGGAGCCGGCCCGGCGGCUCGCCGAGCACAAUGCCAACCAGUGCAACAACGUGGCUGCGGCCCGCCUGCCGGCCGUGAGGCUCCGCGGCGGGUGGCUGGCGGGGGGCGCGGGCUGGGAGAGGCGGCCAGAGUUCGUGUAGCUGGGGCAGCGGGCGGGUCCGCUCCAGGCUCCCGUCCCUGCAGACACAUCAGCGAGAGGCCUCUCCUUCCGCCCACGGCGGCAAGGGCAUCACUGGCCAACUUUUCCAGAAGCUUCUGCCCGCGCUGCUCCACACGGCCACCAGGCCCCACUCUG